GAAAGAAAAUCAAAUAACUUAAAUAGGAAAGAAAAUCAUAUAUUCACCUUAAAUGCUACACUUUAGAAGUGCUUAGUAAGUUUGGAAAAAAAAACCUCAUUUUAUGAGAAGGCUUGUCAAUGAUUACAUGAUACAGAAUGCAGAGAAAAAGGGAAAUAGAAUUAUCAACUUCCAAGCCAGCACGAUCAGAUUACAAAGCUAUAUAUAGUCACCUAUAAUGUUCCACAAUCAGAUGGACCUAAGUUCCCAAGUGAUGGAGGAAAAAUAAAAUAAAAUAAUUCAUCAGCGAAACUGUUCCCAAAUAAUAUAGAGUCAUGACACGGUGAGUAGAGUAAAGAAACAAAUUCAGAUGCAGUGAAUUCCCAACGCUUCAAUCCUGCAGCCCUGACUUACAGGAUAGUCAUAAAGCAUACCAGCUUGUUGAAGACAAACUUGAGACUAGUCUUGGUCAGGACUAAUUAGUGGGUACCAUACCGUUUCAUAAAUUCCAGGGAAUUAUGUUUCAGAUUGCUGCCUGGAAUGCACAUCCUACAGCUUAGCACACAUGCAUGCAAGCACACAAUAUAUAUCCUAAUCUAGCUGUAGCUACAUAUUCUACCGCUGGUCACUCUAGCACAUAUUUCUAUGGCCAAUUGUGUAAUAUAUUCUUUACUAAGCAUAUCCCUAAAGCAAUCAAGAAGUAACUGAUGACUGCUUAUUGUACUUUCAAAAUUAAUAUUUUCAUACCAUCGAAUAUUGUGUUUGUGCACCUGAGCAGUCGUAGAUGAAGGAUGAUGAUCAAAUACACACAGUAGGAAAGCGAGCAGAGUUGUGGAUGCACUUGAGGAAUAUAAUUAUUUUCUAUAGAAAGAAUUGCUCCUGCUUUUGUUAGUGUGCAAGCCUGCAAGAGCACACAAAUUUUGACAGGUCCAAGCUUACAGCAAAUCCAGAACCGACAGAGUUCAAAUUCAGAAUAGUAAGCUCGGGAAAUAUGCUAUAAUCACUCUAAUAAACAAUUAAGAGAAGCAGAAGCCUAACCCUAACCCUAAUCCUUAUCUUACCAUUUAAAGAUUAUCUCUAAAUUUGUGCAACAGUUUCAAACACUAGCAUCAUGCACCACAGAAGCAGAACCUGUUUUCUGCUUUUGCUGAGUAACAGAAUAAGUGCAAAGAUCAACAAUGGAGACAAAAGGGAACUGCAUAUUUAUGCCAUAUACAAUUUCUUGAUGGAAGUCAGAAAGGGCACUAAUUUACAGCAACGGUGUCCUUAUGAUAAAAAAAUUUCGGUUCUGCUUCUCAGUGUCUAGUGAGCAGAAUUUCUAAACUUCUUCAAUCAAAAGCUAAAAGGUAUUCCUUCAUUCUACAUUCCAUUGUCUUGGACCUGAUUCUAUACUCUUUAGUGUCUUUGAGGGCAUAUUAAUAGAACCCAAUCAUCUUAAACCAAUCACCAAACAUGCCUCUUCAUGCUCAAGAGGAACAAUGGCCCCAGGUAUCACAGACAAACAAUUUAGUUUGCAUACAAUACAGAAGAAAAUGGAAAUUGACAUCAGCAAAUUCCUCCUUGAGGUGUUAUACAUAGACUUUUUUUCAAGAGCCAAAUGCUUUAACAAUGGAUUAACAUAGAAAAUUUAAUAAUAUAAGUGAAUAAAAUAAUGUUUGCAGAAAGAAUAGCGCAAUAAGCAUAGUGACUGUAGGCUUGAGAAUUGACAACAAAAGUUUCAAAAAAUGGACCACAUCUAACUAAAGAAAGAAGAACAAGAUCUCUCUCGGAUAGAUGUGAACAAUGAAUUGGAUUGAGUGUUUUUUACAAAGAUUCCCAAUACCCUUUUUGCCUUAUAAGGAGAGAACUCUUUGGCAAUAUGCUAAGUAGGCUCAAGAAACUAUAGCUCAGCCUAAAUUUAAAGAAAAAUAGGAUACAAGACACCCAGGUGAUAGCCGCCAUAGCAUAGUUAAAUAAUCGGCGGAUACAAGGCAAUCAAGCCAUUAGCUGUAGUUCAUGAUACCAAACCAAAUAAGAGCAGAAAGAAGAGAAAAGAAUAGAAGAAAAUGUAUCACCAUUACCAAAACAAGAAAAGCCUCAACCCCUCUGGGGCAGCCUUUUUUCCAGAAAAACAUUUGUUUCUUAGAAGACAAAAAGCACAGAGUCCUUCCGGAUUGGUCCUAUCAACUAAGCCUAGAUUGAAAUGGACACCUGAACUGCAUGAACGUUUUAUAGAAGCAGUGACUCGACUAGGAGGAGCAGAUACAGAGGCCACCCCAAAAACAGUCAUGACGCUAAUGGGCAUUCCAGGACUAACCUUGUAUCACCUAAAAAGCCACCUUCAGAAGUACAGGCUUGGUAAAAAUCUGCAAGCUCAACCUGAAACUGGGACAGACAAGAAUGGUACAGCAUGCAGUACAGUAGAAGCAGAAAAGACGCUUGAAAUGACUAGAUCAUUAAUGAGCAAUACAAAUGACCUUGCCCAGGCAAACAACACCUUGCAGAUAAGUGAAGCACUUCAGAUGCAAAUUGAAGUACAGAAACAGUUACAGGAACAACUUGAGGUGCAGAGACAUUUACAGCUCCAAAUAGAAGCCCAAGGGAAGUAUUUACAAUCAGUGCUGGAGAAGGCCCAAGAAACACUUGGAAAGCAGAACCUGGGCUCUAAUGGCCUGGAAGUGGCCAUGGCAGAACUCUCUGAAUCAGUUUCGAAAGUUUCCAGUGAAUACCUAAAUAUCACAUUUCCAAGUACAAAGGAGUUUUCUAGUUUGCAAGCCCCGCAAGCACAAACAGUUAAGAUUGCUGACUGUGCACUAGAAAGUUGCUUGACCAUGGUAGAAGGAUCCGAACAAGACCAGGAAAUAAAAAAACUAAGCACUGGUUUGACAAUUUAUUCUACAUCCCUGCAUAGUAAGCAUACAACGGCUCUUACACUUGCACAACCUCAAAGUGCAUGGGGCAGAAAUGCAAACUCAUGCAUAAUAGAUCCUUCACCAAGAGGAGGAAAUUCGAAUAAGACAAUUUUCCCAGUUAAGAUGAACACUAAUGAUCUAUCAAUCAGACUUAAAGAUAAUGGUGAUGAAGACAGCAGUCAUAUUAUCCCUGGUCAACAGCAAAAGGAAAUAGGCACAGAAGACCAUUAUGAUGAUCAACACAACUGCAACACACAUGGAGGACAACUAGAUAAAAAACGGAAAUCAAAUGAGUAUGGAAUGUCAUGGCUAGAAUCACAGCUGGAUUUAAAUGUUCAAGAUGACAACGAUGCUCCUCUAGUUUGCAAACAAAUUGACUUGAAUGGAUGUUUCUGAGCUGAGAGCACCCUACAAGCCAGAAAGACAUAAUCGGUGUGCCUAGAAAAUAGCACUAGAAUUUUCAUAUAUAUUGUGAUAAUAAAAUAUAUUCCCAUGAUAAAAAAUUGUGAUUUCGCAUUAGAUUAGGAUACAAGUGGAAAAUUAAUUUAUUGAUGAUGGAAAGAAAACAUUAACUGAAGCUUGAAAGGAAAUAAAAUGAAAUGGGUGUAGAUAAAUUAAUUUUUUGGAGCAAACAAUAGUUUAUGCAAAAUAUCAGACUGUUGUGGAAGUAGUACCACCAACAGUUUACCGCAUGUUACGACAGAACAAUUUAUUAAUUUGUUUGUUUCUUAUUAAUUAUGAGCUAUGUAAACUUAAAUCUAGCAACUUCAUUGAUACUGAACACUUGAUAGAAAGUAAAUUGAAAGAAAAUUGACUAUAUGAUGAUAAGCAACCUUAG